CGUGUGGGUGGCUGCCUCCUCAGUCUGUACCUGUGUCAUAGUGUGCUAUCAACAUGCGUGUCAUGUGUAUCAGUGUGGCGUCCGUGUGUCUUCUGGCACUUCUGCAGAGAUUUGCCAUAGGCGCUUCUGUUACCCGGGACUUGGAGCAGGACGUGCCGAGGGCAAGGAACUCAGCUUCAGAAAGCUUCAGCAAUGAUACUAAAACUUGCAAUUGCGUGUGUGGCCAGUAUGGUCGGGAUAUGCGGAUCGUGGGAGGGACAGAGGCUGACGCACAAGAGUUCCCCUGGAUUGUCCUACUCUCCAACAGGGGCAAGUUUUACUGUGGCGGGACUCUCAUCACUGCCAAACAUGUGUUGACAGCAGCCCACUGCACCCAACAGAUCCGCAAAGAACACGUGACAGUGACGAUCGGCGAACACAAUCGUAACAACUCGACCGAGAAGCUGCAGACCCGGAAAGUUGUCCGUAUGACACCCCACAAGGGGUUCACUAUGCUCACCUUCGACAACGACAUUGCCAUCCUCGAGCUGGAUUCUCCUGUGACCUUGUACAAGACCUCGGUACGAACCGCCUGUCUCCCCAACUCAGAUGACGAAGACUACACGGGCCGGAGUGCCACUGUAGCGGGCUGGGGAAGAUUGGCUGAGAGGAAGAAGAAGACCUCAGAGCUUCUGCGCAAGGUUGAAGUUCCCAUCCUGUCAGAAUCCGAGUGCAAGAGUAAGGGCUACCCUGACAGCAAGAUCACCGAAAACAUGAUCUGCGCUGGCUACACUGAUGGCAAGAAAGACGCCUGUCAGGGAGACAGUGGCGGUCCUCUGCAUGCUAUGGACGCUAAGAACGUUACGGAAGUUAUAGGAAUCGUCUCCUGGGGCAGAGGCUGUGCGCGUCCUAACUUCCCCGGAAUAUACACGCGGGUAGCCAGGUACAUCUCAUGGAUCGACGAGCGGCUGGGAGGAGAGUGCCGCUGUACUCGCAGACCCGGUAACCGCACCAGGACUCCCCGUGACGACUUGGAGGACGAAUCUCAGGACUCCUUCAAGAUCCUGUAGACAUAAGUGGUCCGAGGUCCUCCGUCGUCUAGUCAAUUCCUCGUCCGACCCACCUUGCUCAUCCUGUGUUUUCAUCUGUAUUAUAUUCACAUUCUGUACCGUUAUUUGUAGUCGCAGUGUUGCACUAAGUAGCGAAUUUGUGAAGUUUGAAUAUAGAAUUGAAAUUAAUUCUUUACCGUAAGAUCAACAACAUUAUAUACAUUUUUUAAGUAAACUUACCAGUAGUUAUUUGAUUAUAGUUUUGACUUUUGUUUUCGUUACCAUAUAUAUUUAAUUUUAUAGUCGUAAAAGUGAUAGCUUAAGAAUCAUGUAAAUAUUUUUAGAUCUUAAAAUCUACUUGAACAUUACGCGUAUCAAACCUGUAUAUAUUAGAGCAAAACAAUAGUUUUAGCGAAGAUCUUUUAUUCGUGAAAACAUGGUUUUGUCAUUACAGUACAGUUUUCUCUGUAUAUAAAUGAGGAAUUAUAAUUAUCCACCGAAUAAUUUACAUAGUAAUUAUUGUGAUAAUAGGAUAGGAACGCAAUUAUAUGCUGUAGUGGUUACACGUAUACAGUGUUAACUAAUGAGUACGUCCCAUGUAAAAGUUGUGAUUAGUAUUGGGAGACUGCUGCAGACGGAAUUCAUUAACAGUAGAAAGUAUCGAUAGAAUGUUGAAUAAUAUUAAUAGUUUGCUAUUGUGCCAUUGUUUUAGUGGUUUAAACUUAGAUUUACUUUAACUAGUGUUUUAAGUGCAUAGUUUUACAGCAUUUUUAUACUUUAUAAAAUUAAGGUUUUUUGUUUUUUAAAUUUUAAACUUCACAAAACAGAUUGAUUUUGUUAAAUGUACCUGGUUUUAAUCA